GUGUAUAAAAAUGCAUUUUGUGGUCUUUAAAUUUAUCAGUGCUAGAUUUUGGAUUUCAUAAUAUUAAACUUUAAUAAAUUGCAACAAUCAAUAUGAAAUUCAUCGUUCUUACUUUGGCAUUCGUCUGUCUUGCACAGAAUGUUUUUGGAGCUCCAAACCAAGCCAGCACAGCUGAAGUUGACACAUCAAACAUCGAAGCCCUUUUCAAUAAUUUCAAUAACUUCAUAAAAGACGGAGCUAAGAAUAUCUUGGGUGAAGAUGCCGUUAAACAUAUGCAAGAAAACACUAAUCUCGUGGUUAGUGAACUUAACAAAAUGAUGAAUGAUAUUAAAGUAAAAUCCGAAAGUAUGGAACCAGAAGCUAAAAAAGUUAUGGAACAAUUCCAAGCAAAACUUAAUGAAAAUUUGGAUUCAUUGAAAAAAGCACAUCCAGAUGCAGCAAAAAUGCAAGAGGCUAUUGAAAAAUCCAUGAAGAAUGUGAUUGAAGAAACUAAAAACUUUGGAAAAAAUAUGUCUGAAAAUUCAAAAGGUAUGAUGGAAGAUGCACAAAAAAUGGCAAAAGAAACAUUCGAAAAACUCAUCGCUGCAGCAAAAGAAACUCAAGCAAAAUAUUUAGAACCAAAAAAACCUUAGAUUUUUAAUUUUGUAAAUUUCGUAUUGUUUUUUGUUACUCAAAAU